GAGUUCAGGGCGUGGGAGGGGCCAUCCAGCUGUGCCUGCAACAUCGUCACACUCAUGUGUAAACUGCCGGGAGUCCAGGUCCAAACUGAAAUCUUCCUAACCAUCCCCAUCCAUUUUCCACUACAUACAUUGCAGAGGGGUAUCCUGGUAAAGUACGAAAGAAAAAGGCGCUUGGAGGCUGGAAAGGGACGUUCGUUAUCUGGCCACAAUCGGAGGACGCGAUUCUUCAAGUGGUUAUUUCUGGCAUAAUCUCAGACCCUUUCCAUCGCCAUGUCAGUGAAGUCGGACGGGAAGAGGAAGUGGGCGACAGUGAGGGGCCAUCUGGGCUCCUCCCAGGACUCAGACACCCAGCUGGAGGCCAACCUGGAGAGUGCAGACCCAGAGCUGUGCAUCCUCAUGCUCCAGGUGCCCAAUGUGGUCAACUACUCUGGGCUGAAGCGUCGUCUGGAGGGCAGCGAGGAGUCCUGGAUGGUCCAGUUCCUGGAGCUGAGUGGGCUGGACCUGCUGCUGGAGGCCCUGGACAGUCUGUCUGGGAGGGGCUGCUCCCGCAUCGCAGACGCCCUCCUGCAGCUCACCUGUGUCAGCUGUGUCCGGGCCAUCAUGAACUCCUCGUCUGGGAUCAACUUUAUCGUGGAGAAUGAGGGCUACAUCCGCAAACUCUCCCAAGCCUUGGACACGUCCAAUACCAUGGUGAAGAAGCAGGUGUUUGAGCUGCUUGCUGCCCUGAGCAUGUUCUCCUCUGAUGGGUACCGUCUGGCCAUGGAUGCCUUGGACCACUACAAGGGUGUGAAGACCCAGCAGUAUCGCUUCAGUGUGAUCAUGAACGAGCUGCAGGCCACAGACAACGUGCCCUACAUGGUCACCCUCCUCAGUGUCAUCAACGCCAUCAUCUUUGGGACAGAUGACCUGCAACAGAGAGAUAAGAUGCGCAAGGAGUUUAUUGGAUUACAGUUACUUGAUAUACUGCCCAAAUUGAGAGAUGAGGAGGAUGAGGACUUGAUCAUUCAGUGUGAAGCGUUUGAAGAGGCUAUGGUUGAGGAUGAGGAGGAGCUGUUGAGGGUCUAUGGAGGCAUCGACAUGAGCAGUCACCAGGAGGUGUUCACCACCCUCUUCAACAAAGUGAGCAGGUCUCCGUCAUCCCUCCAGCUGCUGUCCAUCCUACAGGCCCUGCUGCUGCUGGGGCCCGACAGGGCUGACAUCUGGCAGACCCUGGAGGCCCUCACUAACAGGGCCAUACUGCUGGAUCAAGACUCUCCAAUGGACUCCUGUGAGACGAUUACGCAACGCCUGGUGUUCUCCAAGCGCAAGACUGCUGGUGUCCAUGCUGUGGAUGGUCUGCCACCCAAGAAGAUUGAUAAGGCUGUUCAGACUGAUAAGGUGGAAAGUGACCAAGAAAGACUGACCAAAUGCCCCACAACCUCCCAAGUGUCUUCUGUUCCACCACCCUCACACCCUUCCCUUCCUCCACCCUCCGCUCCGACACUACCACACAUAGGAGGUGGAGUACCCCCACCACCUCCACCUUUACCAGGGAUGGGGGUGCCCCCAGGGUGCCCACCCCCACCCUUGCCCGCUAUGUCAGGCAUGCCUCCACCACCACCACCUCCUCCUGGCAUGGGUGAGAUGGGGGUGGCCCAAAGAAGCCAAUCCCUGGGGUGUGCCUGUUCUGCCUCCUCCAAGGCAGGCCGCUGCCCCACCCUGAGGAUGAAGAAGCUCAACUGGCAGAAGCUCAGAGCUGUCACUGAUGGUCAUUCCAUGUGGACCUCUGCUCAGAAAGACGCUCCUCGGGAGCCCAACUACUCCAGCAUUGAGCAGCUGUUCUGUCUCCCGGUGACCGAACACAAAGACAAGGGGGCAGCUGCUCCUGUCAAGAAGGAGCCUAAAGAGAUUUCCUUUAUUGACGUAAAGAAGAACUUGAACUUGAACAUAUUUCUCAAGCAAUUCAAAUGCUCACAUGAUGAGUUUGUGUCCUUGAUUCAGAAUGGGGAUCGGACUAAGUUUGAUGUGGAGGUGUUGAAGCAACUUGUUAAACUCUUACCUGAGAAACAUGAGAUAGAAAACCUGAAAUCCUUCCAGGGUGAAAAAGACAAGUUGGCCAAUGUUGACCGAUUCUACAUCUCUAUCCUGGCUGUACCAUGUUACCAGCUGAGGAUAGACUGCAUGUUGCUGUGUGAGGAGACGGCCUCAGUACUGGACAUGCUCAAGCCCAAAGCAGAGGUGGUUGAAUCAGCAUGCCAGUGUCUCAGAGUGAGCACUCUCAUGCCCAGUUUCUGCAGGCUCAUCCUUGAUGUGGGAAACUUCCUCAACUACGGAUGUCACACAGGAAACGCUGAGGGCUUUAAGAUCAGCUCCCUGCUGAUGCUAACUGAGACUAAGGCCAACAAGAGCCGCAUUACCCUGCUCCAUCACAUUCUGGAGGAAGUAGAGCUGAACCACCCAGAGCUGUUGUACCUCCCUGACGACAUUGAGAUUUGUGAAAAAGCGGCUGGAAUCAACCUGGACUCCAUUCAGGCAGAGGCCAGUGCCUUACUCAAUCGACUGAAAGAAGCAUCAAAGAAAGUCUCUAACUCUGUGGACGAUGUAAAGCAGCAGUUCACAGAGGUGUUUGAGAAAAACCUGGAGGCCUGCCGAGAUUUGGAGGACAGUUUUUUGGAGAUUGUGAGGAAGAAGGGUGACCUGGCCCUCUACCUGUGUGAGGAUGUCAACAAUCUUUCCCUGGAGGAGCUUUUUGGCACCAUCAAGACCUUUAGGGGACUUUUCAUCAAAGCCUUAAAAGAAAACAAAACCAGAAAAGAGCAGGCUGUGAAGGUGGAGAAAAGGAAGAAGCAGCUUGAGGAGGAGGAAUCCAAAAGACAGAAGGGGGAGAAUGGAAAAAUAAUCCGGAAAGGACCCUCGCCACAGGACGAUGGCUGUAUUAUCGACCACCUUCUUGCUGACAUCCGGAAAGGCUUCCAUCUCAGGAAGAUGCGGCCCAGGUGCGAAAUGGAAAGCCCCCCCUCUAGUGAAAUGAAUAGGAAAAUGGGCCAGCCUGGAUCAAGUGUCAUGCCUGUAAUAGAAGAAGCCAAAGCCUCUGUCUCAGAAGCCUCCAGCACUCCCAGUCAAACUCAACCCCAGGCAGAGGAGAGGGCCCCAAGAGAAGGAAUGAACGAAUGCCCCAGCAAACCCCAAGAAAAAACAGCUUUUUCCAGCCUUCCCACAACCAAUUCACCAACACAGGAGAUCCCGGGAAUGGGUGUCCUAAAUAACACUCCAAGCAUCUCUACCUUCACAGAUGCAGACCUGCCUGAAAUCAACCUGAUGGUAACAGAGGACUUGAUGCCUGAAAAUCCACAGAGCAAUGGAGAGAGUCACCUUAAUGGAGCCUGCACACUUCCUGUCACUGAUAUGGACAUGAUGAUAGAGAGUAAUGGUGAAAGCAACCUGAUAGGAAAAACCAUUGGCCAAGAUGAAGUUGGAGGUAAGAGCAGCAUUAUGAUGGUAAAGACUUUAGGACAAGAUGAGGCUGGGGAUGACAUGAUGGUGAAGAUGGUGGCACAGGAUGAGGGUAUAACUAACGGACACCCAGACACCAAUGGCAGCACAGACACCAAUGGCAACACAGACACCAACGGCAACGUACCUAUGGUCAGUGCUGCAGAAAGUGGACCGGCGUACGAUGUGCCCGAUGGGGUGGACUCUGAAGAUCUGCCUGCCUCUGCAUCUGAAACCCUAAAACCAGAGGAUAAAAAACAGCAGAAGCUCUUUAGAAGAAACAAAAAGAAGAGUAAUGAAGGUAAUGUAUUCAUUCGUUCUAAUAAAGAUCAUGUUUGGAACUGUGGUCUCCUGAAGUGUCUGAGAGUCCAGUUUUUUUGGUAUAUGGUUUUAUUGCAUUUUACAUUACAUGUUCAUUUUGUACUGUUGUUUUAGCUGUGAACUUUAACAUUUUAGCAUGAAUGUACAAUUUUUGGAAAACCGAUCUUAAAAGCCUCCCAUUUACAACACCUUGAGUCCUGUCAUGAUCAUCAAGUAGUUUGUUUUUGGUGUUGUCUUUUUUCUUUGACUCUCUAAAACACCAGGUAACACUGGAAAUGGACACCCUAAAUGUAAAAAGGGGUGUGUGUUGCAGUGAGGUAGGUCAAACAACUGGUUUGAAAACUAACUGGUGCAAGCUUGAACAUUUUAAUCAACCCAUCAGCACCAAGCCAUGAUUUUAAUUAACAGACGUGUGUUGGCCUAAACAGGGUCUGGUUUGACCUGAUUUGUGUCUUGUCCUGCUUUUAACACUCUCUUAUUCAGUAAAAAUCUAUCAAAUCCCUGCUAAUCAAAUUGUAAGCCUGUCAUCAUGACCCAAGAUGAAUCACUUUGUGUGAGACCUCUCUUGGCCACUACUUUAUGCACUCUUUAUCAGCCUGAAUCAUAGAGUUUUAUCUUAUAAAGACAUACAGUACUUAGCCUCAAAUUGACACCUCUUAAGUGCCACAAUUGAAAAAUCAUUAUCAUAUCCAAGUUAACUUCACUGUCAUACUGAGCUUUUCAACUUGUGACGGCCUCACCAGGAAGACCUUGCUCAGCACAAUAUUUUUUUUUUUGUGGAGUUUUGCUGUCAUGUUUUCUGUGCCUCCAUACCCCUAUGUUACUAAACUGUCCACCCUCACAACAACCGAGUUAAACUACUAAUGCAAUGCCUUUUUUGUGCUUCCUGUAAACUGUGUCCUUUGUAAGUUUGACUUUGCUGAACGCUUUAAUGAUCUUGAAAUUGAUGGAACCAACAGCACUGAAUUUAAUUUAAUUUCCAAAAUAAUUGUAUUCAUCAGAAACAUUAUAAAACUGUCCAUUCUCUUCAAUGCCAAGAUCCACCAAAUGCAGUCUUUGGUCUCCCACUUUGUUCAUAUUAUCUGCAUACUAUUUUAGGUAAUUGGUAUGUCAUUUGAUUUGUUCAAUCAAUUAAUUUUACUAUUUAAUCUCCCUAGGCAAUUCCCGGAAAAGGAAGUCAAGAGGGAAAAGAAAAUGUUGUUGAUUUUUUUCAAUACAUGGUUUCUGCACAUUGUAAUGGACUACAUCAGGGGUAGGCAACCCUGUUCCUGGAGUGCCGCAGGUACUGCAGGAUUUUGUUCCAACUAGGCACCAUACCAGGGGUGCAUUCAGUUCGCUCAAACGUUUGCUACAUUGUGAACGGUUUGUAUUGAACUACACGUUUUCCCAAAAUGUUAAAUGUUCUUGUACUUUCUUGAACAGACUUUGAGAUACGUUUGCUCCGUUCGGUGAGUGUGCUGGGGUGAGGCUUGAAGCAACGAGUGAUGUCUUUAAAGGGACGCUGUGUGUUUGAACCCACAACCCAACUCCUCCCCGUUUGUCAACUGGUUGUUCAGUACAGCAUCGUUUCCAUUCAAUUUAAUUUUCUGUUACAUUUUUAUGUACUGAACACAGCCCUGACCAACUGAGCUAAUUGAUCAAUUUAGUGAUUGCCCCCAAUUUAUCACACCUGGUCUUCCAGGUCAGUUAGAUUUGUGGCACUCCAGGACCAGGAUUUCCUACCCCUGAAUUCUAUUAUAUUGAACUAAAUUGAUUCAUCCAAGAAGAUAUCAGCGUGGUCUUCCUUCCUUUGAUAAUUUUGAGUUCUUGAAACAUUUAUGAAAUAAACAGGAAAAACUGCUAUGGUUCCCUGGCCAGGUUGAUUUGUAUUCUACCAAGAGGCUGUUGUGUUCCACAAGGCUGCUGUUUUUAGUCUCUGCACAGCCUCAAUCCCAGCAAAUUUACUCUGUUGCUGCAACCUGGUCUCAGAGCAUUUCGUAUUUUUCUGUACGUAAAUCCGAGGCACCAUUUAUUAUUGUAUGUUUCGUAUGGUAUGUAUUCAUUUGUGGAUGUCCAUUACCCAUUUUGUAUGAUAUUUUACAAAUUACAAUUUGUAUUAUAUGUUACAAAUUAACAAAAUGUACAAUAUGUUACGAAUCUGCGAAAGGUAUGAUGUGUUACAAAUUCUGUCUAGGUGGCUAAUGUUAGCUAGCUGGCUUACAUUAGCUAGGCUAGGUGUUAAGGUUAGGGUAAAGUUGAGGUUUAGGAGUUAGGUUAAAGGGAUAAGGUAAGGGUUAGAGGAAGGGUUAGCUAAAAUGGUUAGGGGGAGGGCUAGCUAACAUGUAAAGUAGCUAAAAUGUAGUUGAAAAGUUGCUAAAAUGCUAAAGUUGUCCGUGAUGGGAUUAGAACUCAAAACCUCUUGGGUUUCUAGACAUUUGCGUUAUACCACCCUGUUUUUGACCAAAGUAAUCUUAUGUAACCAUACCUAACAUAUCAUACUAAUUUGACUGUCCUGGAUUUAAAUGUACGUUGUACAUUAAAUGUAUGUUACGUCUAGUCUAUGAGACCAGGCUGGGUCAACAUUCUGUCACUUUAGGUGUUCUAUGUUGAAGAAUAAAAAGUGUAUGUACUUUUUGUUAUUGUUUUGUAUUUGUUUGAAUAUAAAAACACAGGCUUCAUUUCCAAAGCUAUAAAUAACCUCCAGCACAGUUGGAACCAAAUUCGUGUCUAUUUCACAAUAAACUUUGAUAGUGUGUUGGUUGGAACAGUUGUGCUGAAAAUAGUAUUCCAGUCUUUUGUGAAUGUCGUGAACAUUUUUUAAACGUUUUGAUUCCACACUUGGCAUAUAGGAAAAAAAUAUCAGCUUUCUUCCUGCUGUUAUCAAUAACUAACUUAUUUCUACAAUUAUCAUUUACAAUACAAUACAAUACACGUUUAUUAAACCCCGAGGGGCAAUUCGUUCAGGACUGACAGGGUUCUUCAGUAGGACAAACACACAGACAGCAUAAAAUAUGAACACUUAAGGCACCAAUUAAAAAUGUAUGGUGCAAUUUUAAGUAAGUUAAUUGAGCCCUGGAAGUUUACUAUCUCUAGAAAUGUGAUAGCUUAGACGGUGCCAUGUUAGCAAAUAGACUAACAGAAUUUGUAUCGAAUGUUGAUUCUGGAGUAUAAUAAAAAAAAUGAAUUCACA